UAUGGGUGCGUCUGUCACUCUUCAAAUGUCUUUCUGGUUUAGGAGUUCCGGGUCUAUUUUCCUUGUUCGUUUUCUUAUCUCCGGUGCGGCCUUUGUGAGCGUGUUUUGGACGUGUAUUGUAGUGUUGACGGGCAGAUGUUUUCUCGCAACUACGAGUACGUUGGACAGGACCCUUUGUGAUCGUUUGUGAUAUUGGGGUCCUAUUACUGAGGAGUAAAUCGAUUGUGCUGCUUCCGUUGAAACCGACGUGUGUCUUUUGUUUCUUUUCGAUGAUUAGUGUGAGGCCUUCUCUUGCAAUAACUUCUAUAAUAAUAUUUGAUUUAUGAUUCUUUGUGUCUAUUCUGCAGUUAAAAUCCCCCAGCAUUAAUAUUGGCUCUCUGUUUGAAAUCGUACUUAGGGUAUCCAUUAUUUCAGCAAUAUUCUUGUCUUACCCGAAGUCUGGCCGAAAAUUAAAAUUAUGUUAUUUAGGCAAUAUGGACUUCAAACAUCUGAAAUAUCCACUAGUGACUGUUUCAUCACCUCCACCUCGUUUUACAUUGCGUGAGUGGUAUCUAAACAAUCAUCACCACUAUAGAACAGCACAAGACCAGCAACAAAAAGCAGCUAGAGUAACUGCAGAAUCUAACCGUCUAUGCAACUUGAUUUCCGAGGUUACAAAGCUUAAUAAAGCUGAAGUAGAUAACACACUUGGAGAAAGAAUUAAAGAUACUGAGUACUGGAAGAAGGAAAAUGAAAUACAAAAGGAAGAAUGCUGUAAGGAGGAAGAAGCUUUGCUUAUAUAUAAAGAAAGAAUUACAGGUGCUCUAGUAUCUCUGAAACAGCAAGCUCAGACCUCUAAGAAAUGUAUCAUCCUUAGAGAAGGGCGCUUAGGAAUUGAUCAAGUACAUGAUGAUGUGGAGCGUGAGUUGCUCAAAGAGGCAGAGACAAUUGAAGGAGUCCAGUCCCUGUUACAUCGGACACUGGAACAGGCUAAUGAGCAGAUUCGUUUGCUUCGUUCAGCUAAGUACUUUCUAGAUCGGGAUAAUGAAGAUAAAGCUACUGCCCUCAAGAUUGACAAGUACUGUGGUAAUCUCCAAGAGACAAGCCUGAACCUCAGUACACAUCAUGAAGUUGCAUCUCUUGACCCUAGUAGGAAUAUAACAAGAGAAGAAUGGGAACACUUUUCCAAGAAAUUCAUUGAGCGUGCAGCCAAGGAUGUUAACAACACACGACCUCUGCGUUCAUACAUUGACAUACUUCUAAAGCAAGUUACAGAAGAUUUGUUGAAUCAGUACAGGGUCACCAAUGAGUCCUUCAGCCGCAGAAUUCGAGAAACAAGAGAUGCCAAAAUUAAGCUUGAAAAUGAACAUCAUGAGACAAUGCAGCAAGCAAAUGACAUGUUGCGCAACAUCACCCGCUUGGAGAAGGCAAUAGCAGAAAAAGAAGGCUUCAUGGCACUGGCCUUCACUCGUCUUGGUCAGAGGGCACAGAGAUCUGCAGUUGAACGUACUAGAGAUGAGGUGGAAACGAAAUUGGUGGCUGAAGUUCAAGAAUUAAGAGACAAUGUAUCAGUACUGCAAGAAAUGUUAUCUGAAGCACAAGCAUCUUUACGUUACUUGCUUAAGACACAAAUUCAACUGGAAGAAGAGAUUAACAUCAAAGCUAACACACUUAAAAUUGAUGACGUUGACUGCAUGACUUUACGACAGAGCAUGGCCUUCUAUUCCUACUGAGCUUCAAGGAAUCUAACAGAAUUUGUAAAGAAGAUGUAAAACCUGGAGUGGAUAAUAUACAUGAUUUUGUGUGCAUA